UAUAAGCAACGAACUCGAUCAUCGUCCUCUUUCCAAAAUCUCUCUCUCUCUCUCUCUCUCUCUCUCAAAACAAUAUGCAGGCCCCGAACCGAGAUCCAACGGCGGAGGACGACUCUCAGUCCGCCGCGCGGCGCAUCCAACGGCUGUCCCUCCACCUGACGCCGGCCGCGAUUUCACCGGACGACCACCGCCAAAUCUCGAGGCUGGAGUGCGCCAAGGCGGCGGCGAAGCUCAACGUGGACACGAAGAGUCUGUCGAGCUACAUGAGAGGAAAGCACAGGGAAAUCCAAGAUAAGGUUAUGGACUACUUCAACAACAGGCCUGACCUUCAGACUCCGGUGGAGAUUUUGAAGGACGAUCACCGCGAGCUUUGUAUGAGGCAGCUUACUGGUUUGGUUAGGGAGGCCGGAAUCAGACCGUUCCGGUACAUCGUCGAAGAUCCGGCCAAGUACUUUGCGGUUCUGGAAGCCGUGGGCGGCGUCGACAUGUCGCUUGGGAUCAAGAUGGGGGUGCAGUACAGUCUUUGGGGAGGUUCUGUAAUCAACUUAGGAACUAAGAAACACAAGGAUAAGUACUUCGAUGGUAUUGACAAUCUGGAGUAUCCAGGUUGUUUUGCUAUGACUGAACUGCAUCAUGGCUCAAAUGUUCAAGGUCUACAAACAAUGGCAACAUUUGAUCCGAUCACAGAUGAGUUUGUAAUUGACACACCAAAUGAUGGGGCCAUCAAAUGGUGGAUUGGCAAUGCUGCUGUUCAUGGCAAGUUUGCCACUGUUUUUGCUAAGCUGAUGUUGCCGACACAUGAUGAAAGAGGAGUAUCUGAUAUGGGUGUCCACGCCUUCAUUGUACCAAUAAGGGAUAUGAAGACUCAUCAAACUCUUCCAGGAAUUGAGAUAAACGAUUGUGGCCAUAAGGUUGGUCUGAAUGGGGUGGACAAUGGAGCAUUAAGAUUCCGCGCAGUGAGAAUCCCUCGUGAUAAUCUUCUUAAUCGCUUUGGAGAUGUCUCUCGGGAUGGUAAAUACACAAGUAGCUUACCAUCUAUAAAUAAAAGAUUUGCUGCCACACUAGGAGAACUUGUAGGUGGGAGGGUCGGCCUUGCAUAUUCUUCAGGCAGUGUCUUGAAGGUUGCUGGCACAAUUGCAAUCCGAUAUUCUCUACUGCGUCAGCAGUUUGGUCCUCCAAAGCAACCUGAAGUCAGUAUUCUUGAUUACCAAUCCCAGCAGCACAAGUUGAUGCCAAUGCUGGCUUCAACUUACGCAUUCCAUUUUGCCACACUACAUUUGGUGGAGAAAUAUUCAGAGAUGAAGAAGACUCAUGAUGAACAAUUGGUUGCAGAUGUCCAUUCUCUUUCAGCAGGGCUCAAGGCUUAUGUGACGUCAUAUACAGCAAAGUCAUUGAGUAUCUGUAGGGAAGCUUGUGGAGGCCAUGGGUACGCUGCUGUCAACCGCUUUGGCAGUUUGAGGAAUGACCAUGACAUUUUUCAGACAUUCGAAGGGGACAACACGGUGCUUCUACAGCAGGUAGCAGGUGAUCUGUUGAAGCAAUACAAGGAGAAGUUUCAAGGCGGGACACUCACAGUUACCUGGAAUUACCUUAGAGAAUCCAUGAACUCAUACCUAUCUCAGCCAAAUCCAGUGACUGCUCGAUGGGAAAGUGAAGACCAUUUGCGAGAUCCAAAGUUCCAGUUGGAUGCUUUCAGAUACCGAACUUCUCGACUACUUCAAAGUGUUGCUGUUAGACUUCGCAAGCACUCUAAAACUCUUGGAAGUUUUGGCGCUUGGAAUAGAUGCUUAAACCACCUUUUGACACUUGCAGAGUCCCAUAUUGAAUCUGUCAUCCUUGCCAAGUUUAUAGAAGCUGUGCAGAACUGUCCAGAUGCAAGUUCUCGAGCAGCUUUGAAACUCGUCUGUGAUCUUUAUGCCUUGGAUCAAAUAUGGAAAGACAUAGGAACCUAUCGUAAUGUUGAUUAUGUUGCACCAAACAAAGCUAAGGCAAUCCACAAGCUCACUGCAUACCUGAGUUUCCGAGUGAGAAAUAUAGCAGGGGAACUCAUAGACGCAUUUGAUAUUCCAGAUUAUGUUACGCGUGCCCCAAUUGCAAUGCAGUCAGAUGCCUAUUCUCAGUACACACAGCAUGUGGGAUUUUAAUCCCUUAUGGGGAAACAAAACACAGGAAAUAUAGGUUUCAAAUAAUUGUUGGUGCCACGUUGGCUAAACAUGGGAACAAACGAUGAAGGGAGUACUCUAUUGUUUGUUACCAUAUUUUUUUUUCCUUCCUUUUCUCAAAUUAAUGGUCUCAACUCACAGUCGAUGUGAUAUCUCUGGGAACGAAUAUAAUCUUGCACUUCUAUUUGUAACAUUACGAACCUGCAAUUCUAAUACAACGAGCAGUUUUUGCUUCACACAAAUUUAUGUUUC